UACAACACAUACGUACGUACGUGUUAUCUCUGCACGUUUGUAGUGUGUAUUUCUGCCAUGCCAUGUGACUUCCUGGCUAUGUGUGUGUAUGUGCGUGUGUGUACAAUCACGCUAACUUCUCGCUUUGUCACUCCUUACUGCUUUACAAGGUAAUUCAAGGGAGCCAGGAUGGACUCCAGGUCUCUCCGACUUCCAUUUUUCCUGUCCAGUUCGAAGUCGUCAUACACUUCUAGUUCAAGAGCGUCCUCCUCCUCCUCGACGUCAGCGGGCUCCAGCAGGUUGUACGGCCGGGAGACUCUGCCUCAUCAUGACCACUUUCCGAGGGUAUCAUCCACUUACAAAGCAGAUGUGGACCAAAAGAGUUGUCGCCUGCCCAGCUCAUCCAGAGACUACAGCAGCUCUGACAGCCGCAACAGCUGGAAGCCUCUGACAUCUUCCACUCGAUCUUAUGAACGUCCAUGGGCAGAAUCUUUACUGAGCAGCAGGACUAAACUGACUGACCCCGAGGAGAACUUUGGCCGUUCGAGUCUGUUGACCAGAAUUGAUGAUGGAGACAAUAAGCGGGCCAAACUGACAUACAGCAGCAGAGGACUGUACUCAAACACGCCCAGCACCUCACAGACAGGAUCCACCUACUCUAGUAGUGGGUUAAACAAUGCCAGAGCAGGUAUUAAAGAGAAACACCGCGAGUCGUCCUGGACUUCGAGCCAUUUUCUGUCGCGCUCUUCACCUUUCCGCUCAAAGCCCCUGUUGCCAAACAGAGAAGUGGAGACGCCGAAUGAGCCGGGUCUGUCAGAGCUGCGUGAUGGAAGGGCAAGAUUUCAAGAGUUGAAGUCUUUGUACAACACCUCAGACCGUCUGACUUCCACUUACGCCCAAGGAGCCCGACCCAAAGACACAGCUUACUCUUCUUGCUCCUUCACUGCUGAGCGAGAAAGGUCUCCCGGCGUUGCCUCCAGCUCCUCUGCCCAUCGCUUCUCCACACCACGUGACUACAACAGCCGACCCUCAACACGGGUCUUGAACGCCUCAUCCAGCUAUGCCCCAUUUCAGGAACAGCCUUCCUCCCGCAGGCGUGAAGCCCCACUGCCUUCGACAGCUACUUCCGACGGUGGCGAGCGCCAACGGCGAACCUCUACACGGCAUCUGUUAUCCCGCCUUCUGUUCUCGCCCCGCUCCAGCCAAGACUCCUCCUCUUCCUCCUCCUCCUCCUCCUCCUCCUCCAGUAGCUCAUCCAGCAGCCCCUCGGUUGAUGAUGACAGUCUGUCUUUGGAAAGCGACGAGGGCGCCGGGAGGGAUGCGGAGCCGGCCUCUCACGCCACCGGGACCAGGCAGUGCAGAGCUGACCUCUCUCCGAUAUGGGAGGAUAAGAAUUGCGGCGUGGCAGGAGCUAGGGUGGCGUCACCCAGGGAGCCUCAAGUUAUGAGCAGAGAGGCGGCCAGUGACGGAAACUCCAGGCUCUCUUCCUCCCUGCGGAGCCGCUGCUCUCCUCUCCUCUCUCGUCUUCAAAGACACGCAAGGGGAGUUGGUGCACAGUCAUCUGCCGGCCAAAGCCGUCCUCAGCACUUGCUGAGAAGAUGGGACAUUCGUGAACAGAGAGCGCCUCAAAAUGAUGACAAAGAUGAGGAUGGCGAUGAGGAUGAAGAGGAGCAAGGGGCGGUGGGUCUAAAUCAUUAUACCAGUCCUCGCAGGCAAGAGGAGUUGCCUCAAGUAGAGGAAACUUUAGCGGGCUUGGCGCAGCGCCGCAGGGGAGAUCCACUCCAAAACGAGUCCACGAGACCUCAAGUUGGCCCUGAGAGGACGCUGGACGUCGCAGGGAGCAAACAAGAGAAGCUUCGCAUUAUCAAGGAGAGACUGCUGCUGGAAGAUUCUGACGAAGAUGAAGGAGACCUGUGCCGAAUUUGCCAGAUGGCAGAGGUGUCGGCAUCCAACCCCUUGAUUCAACCAUGUCGAUGCACAGGAAGUCUGCAGUAUGUCCACCAGGACUGUAUCAAGAGAUGGCUCUGCUCCAAACUUGGCUCAGCCAUCAACAUGGAGGCCAUCACAACCUGUGAACUCUGCAAGGAGAAGUUGCGCUUGAACAUAGACAACUUUGAUAUCCAGCAGCUGUACAGGACGCACGCGCAGUUUAGAUAUGACGACUUCAUCAGCCGUGGUGUCCAUCUGGUGGUCCUGUUGCAUCUUUUUGAACAGAGGUUCGCUGAUGUCCUGGGGGCAAUCGAUACAGCCGGGUCAUUUAACCUGGUGAGAAUUCUUCCAGAACACUUGGACAACCCUGAAAGUCUUCUCGAGGAAAGUCUCCGCCAGGAACAAGACGACCGACCUUCUGUUGACUUCUCUGACUCGGACGACAACCUGGACGAGGAAUACUGAUCAAGAUAAUCUGCUUGCGGGAAAUGGGAAGCUGUUGAAGAAUUUCAUACGCUGGUGGGCGAAAUUGUCCCAUUUUGAAAAUUGCAGUUUCAGAAAUAAGAGAACUGGCUCGCACUUCUGUUAAUUUGGCAAAAAAGCGCUGAGUUUAAUUUUUUGACCUUCAGUGUUACAAAAGUAAAUUAGUUCACCUCAAAGUAUAUUUUCAAAGGCUAGAGACAUCAGUGAUGCAAUUAAAAAUUAGUCGACUAAGGUGUUUAAUAGGGAAAUUAAUCUGCAGACGAGACUGAGUCAUUCACUAAAAAAAAAAAAAAACGUCUGGACUUUGAAUGUUCAGAGGAUAUAAUGGUGCAUGCCCCCCUGAGGAGAGAGCAAUAUGUGGCAUAUGUGAACCAGUUUGUUUGCAGUCUAUUCUCAACAGUUCACAUUAUCUUUCCCCACAUUAUCGGUUAUUUACACGUAAGUUCCCAAUUGGUAUCGGUUUGUAUGAAAAUGAGAAAUGAAACCAAUUUGAAAAUCACCCAACAGUGAAGGUAGACUUGUCAACCCACUCCAUUAGGGAACUUCAUGUUACUAAUGAGGCAACACACUGUGCACUAAUGUGAACUUUUUAAAAUUGUACUACUUAACAUCUAGUGCUGUGGUAGCAGUACUGCUAGUGCACAGCCUUGCCUCAUUAAUAAUGUGGUUUUUGUACCACUAAGCCAAAGUAGUCCCAGUGUGCAGCAAUCGCAUCCAGUAGUGGGGGAAACCUUUUUACUAGUGAGACAAUCACUCUACAAUUGCACUGCAAUGUCUCAUUUGAGAGGACAAAGAGUAUCCUAGUGCUAAAGGCUUGGUAAGGCAAGGAUGAGGAAUAAAUGCUUGGCUCACAUUUUGGUUUUGAUUGCCCACUCUGUAAAGAUUUACAGAUAUGCAAACUACAAAUGCAGUGGUGUGUGAAAACAGUUGCUUAAGCACGUUUGGUAUGAGUGCACUUUAUAUUUCAAGACAAAUGCAACCACAAGUGCUUCAAUGUUGACAAUUUGUUUUGGGCUGCUUUUCCGCUUGAGUGCAAGCGUGUCCAGCUUUCAGAUAUCUUCUUUUCAGUGUUAAAGGGUGAAAAGAUGCGUUAAAGCAUAAGUUGAGUUUGAACAUGUUUAUCGAAAUAAAAGUUGAAUGUGAAAAGCUGUGUUUGAACAUGUUUAUCGAAAUAAAAGUGGAUUGUGAAAAGCUUAA